UGCACGGUGAAAAUUGUGAGCGUAUUUUUAAUUUGUGUGGUGGUAAUGUUUGCAUUUAUAACAAAUGUCGAAGGAAUUGAUUGUUUCAAGUGUGUUUCGAAAAAUGGAACAAACAGGGCGUGUGAUGAUCCCUUCCACAACAACUAUUCCACAUCGAUACUGGAGUCGCCGUGUAUGGGAGGACGUAAAGGCCGUGAUGGGUUGUUUCCAGCAACAGCAUGUAUAAAAAUUGCCGGAUACUAUGACGACACAGGUGAGACAAUCACCGUGCGUGGUUGUGCCCUGGACAGUGGCACCCUUACAACGGACACGGAAAUCAUUCGGAUGUCACAUUGCGGUAAAUUCUACUACGAUGACCGAUAUGUUCACGGCUGUUUGCAGAGUUGCAGUGAUGCCGAUGCCUGUAACCAUUCUCCACAACAAAUUCAGCCAUUAGGAAUUGUGAAACUUUUACUUGUAGCACUGGUGAUGGUGCGACAAACUCUGGGUGCUUGGAGUUAG